AUGAAGGUUAAGUUUCGUAAAAUGGGCCACAAGACUGAUCAGAUCAGUAGGCAUGAAAAGGCUACGGAAACGCUUACCGAUCUCGCCUGGACUUAUAUCAAUGCAGGCACUCAAGAGGCACUUAAGGCUAGACGGAACGACCUGAAAUCGCAACUGCUAGAACCCGAAUAUCUCGAUGAAUGGCGUGAUAAGGAAGACCGUGUUGUGGCAGUGUAUACAUCGAACCUACCAAACCUCGGCCAUCGAUCUAGCCAGCGAUCUGAGUCCUACCAUAACGUGGUCACACAGAUAACAAACGGCCAAUUGAACCUUGAGACAGCGAUUAAACGCCUCUGCCAAACAGUCAAGGGGUCCUUAAGGACGUCGCAGAAUCCAGAGAUCGCUCACUUGCAAGUUAUCCAAGAGGUGCCCACGGCCCUACCUUUCAAUAUCUGCGAUUUGCAGCACUACCUAAGACGCGCCUGGGAGACUGGCGAGCCAAUUCCUCGGACUCUCCUACAUCCACGGUGGUGGCUAGAAGGGCCGCAAAUCACCUCCACAGACUGGAUUCCUACCUACCCUGAGAUCGAGAUUCAACCACGGCAAGACAUCACAGAAUCGAUGAUAAAUAGGCGGAUAAUUGAGCAGAUUCGAGAGAGCCUUGAGAGCACUAAAAGAGAGCGGUUUGAUAGGCAACGAGACCGUCUACAGGAACAGAUGGAACGAGAGUUAAUCCGCCUAGGUGAACAACGCCGCGAUCUACAGAACCUACCUAUCGGCGCGCCCGAUCCUGUGCCUAAGCGGACCUGGGUAAAGAGACGUGAACAUGGCAAGUCUACAGAGAGGGCCUUGAUCGCUAGCGAGAUCGGCGAGCGCCAGGAGCGCAGGCAACACCAGGUAGAGAGGCAGGAACAGCGCUAUCAAGAGGCACUCGAUCGACGUUCUGAGAGGCCUCAAGAGGCGUUUAUGCACACCUUUCGAUUUACGCCUAGUGGUGUCCAGAACGUCGUUCAGGCACCGCAGAGACAUCGACCACCUCCGAUUACUAUAGAAAACGCUAGGGAGGAAGAGGUGGAAGAUGUGCCAGAGACCCCUCCGCCAUCGUCCUUGACUGAGCCAACACGCCUAGUGCCUCAGACGCCAGAGAGGCCGCGGCCGCGCCGCAGUCCUUCGCCUGAGGACUCUCCUGAACUAGUCCGCGAGCGACUACCUCUGUCGACCGCGCCUCCUGGCAUUGGCAGUGGUAGUGGUAGGCUUAAACGAGUGCGCAAACGGACUACUAGGCUAGUUGAGGCUAGGCAACAAGGCUUCCUGCCUAACUCGCAGGACGACUGA